AUGGCCUCCAAAUCCGCCGUCGAGGUCGUCUUCGGGGCGAUGACCUUUGGGCACGCCGGUGGUCAACAAAGCCGAGUGAACGACCUCAACACAGCUGGCGAGAUCCUCGACAUCUUCACCAAGCAUGGCCACAAGGAAAUCGACACGGCUCGCGCAUAUGGCGAAGGUACCUCCGAAUCCAUGCUCGGCGAUCUGGACUGGCAGAAACGAGGUCUUGUCAUGGAAACCAAGCUACACGUUACCAAGGGCAGAGAGGUGCCCGCAGGCUGGGACCCGAAUAUCUGUCAUCAACCGCAGCCGCUGCGGGAGAACCUCAUGAAAAGCCUCAAGGAGCUCAAGACAGACAAGAUCGAUAUGUACUACCUCCACCAGCCGGACCGAUUCACGCCCUUCGAAGUCACCAUGAAAGCCGUCAACGACCUCUACAAUGAGGGCUACUUCAAGCGCCUCGGCAUCUCAAAUUACCAAGCCUGGGAGGUCGCUAAGAUCUGCGAGAUCUGCCGUUCCAAUGGAUGGAAGCAACCGGACGUCUACCAGGGUGUCUAUAAUGCCCUGCACCGCUCCGUGGAACCAGAGCUCUUCACAUGUCUGCGUCACUACGGCAUGGCGUUCUAUGCCUACAAUCCAUUGGCGGGCGGGUAUCUUACUUCUCGCUACCACCGUGAGGACAAGGACAACGAGAUCGAGACUGGUGCGCGGUUCGAUCCCAACCGCUGGCAAGGCAAGAUGUACCGUGCUCGCUAUUGGCGCGAUGAGUACUUUGACGCUUUGGAUCUGCUUCGGCCAGUGGCGAAGAAGCAUAGUCUCACGGAAGGCGAGUGUGCGAUCAGAUGGAUGAACCACCACAGUAUGCUGAAGCGGGAGCACAAGGAUGCCAUUAUCAUCGGGGCGAGUAGUACAAAGCACAUGGAAGAAAAUAUGCUUGACUUCGAGAAGGGCCCGCUGCCGGAUGAUGUUGUAGAAGCUCUUGAUCAAGGAUGGGAGGGGUGCAAGGGCAUAUCAAUCAGGUACUGGCAUUGA